AUGAAUAGUAAAUGGUAUGGUGGUUUUGGUUUUUCAAAAAAGAAGGCAAGCCAUUGUCGUGUACAUGACAUGGUUCUUGAUCUCAUCACUUGUUUGUCACAAGAAGAGAAUUUUAUGACAACAUUAGGUGGUCAUCAGUAUGAGUCUUUGCCAGUAAAGGUCCGCCGACUAUCCCUCCAUACCAGCAAGCAAGAAGAUGCCAAGGUGCUCUCUACAAUGAAUAUGUCCCAUGUGAGGUCACUUACAGUGUUCAAAAAAUCAUUUUCUUUGUUGCCACCACUUUCAAGCUUUCCACUCUUAAGUGCAUUGGAUUUAACCAACUGUAAGCAGGUGGAUGAUCACCACUCUAUGCUUAUAUGCAGUAUGUUUCACCUGAGGUACUUGUGGCUAUAUGGAACCUAUAUCACCGAGAUCCCAAGAGAGAUUGCAAAUCUUCAACUUUUGCAGGUAUUGGACAUAGGCGAGACUGAAAUAGAGGAGUUGCCAUCAACUUUUGAACAGUUGUGUCAUCUGGUGUACCUGCGUGUUAAUAGUUGGAUAAGAGUACCAUAUGGCUCUAAGAAUCUGAAAUCUCUACAAGAGUUGAAAUCGGUGAUUGUCAUGUCUCCAUCUGUCCUGAUUGAUCUGUCUGGGCUGACCGAGCUAAGGUGCCUUGAUAUGAAAGUCAUUGAAUGGAACAAGAGUUUUGAGGAGCCCUUCCGUCGCUGUCUAUCUGGCCUCAUCAAUCUCCAAAGCUUAAAAGUAAAUGGUUGUCGUAUCACCGAGGAUCCUGAAUGUGGAAAUUUAUUGCUACCAGGACCUCAACAGCUUCGUCGCUUCAUUGCACCGUAUUGCAGGGCUUCUUCGGUUCCAAGAUGGAUGUCCUCACUCUCCUGUCUUUCAUACAUUGUAAUCGUGUUGAACACACCGGGCGAGGAGGACCUUCAUGUCCUUGGUUGCUUACCAUCCCUCCGUCAUCUCAACAUGGAUGUGUGCAGACACACACCACGACAGAGACAAGCAUGGCCAGUCAUCGGUGCUACCGGCUAUCCGUUCAGGUGUCUAACAGAGUUGAGGUACGUUCAACAUGCGGAGGUGGUUUUUGCACCGGGAGCCAUGCAGAAGCUCCAGAUUCUCGAGCUGCAUCUCGGAACGCCGGAUACCUUGCAUCAGUCUGGGUAUUUCGAUUUGGGCUUGGAGAACCUCUCUUCGCUUCAACAGAUAACUAUCAUGUUGAGUUUUUCUAAGGAUCGGAUGGGGGAGAUGGAGGCUGCGGAGGCUACGCUUCGUAAAGCUCUCGACAUGAAUCCCAACAAGCCCACACUGAAUAAGGUAACUCAAACUACUACUGGACAUCGAAUUUUUUGA